AUGGGUCUAAGUCUAGGAACGGAGUAUUCCUUGUUUAUAAUGUCUAUAACGUUAAUAUUUAUAAGUAGUCAGGAAUUUGCUUCAAAGAUAAACACCUGGAUAGAAGGUUGUAUCCUUCAUUCAAACUGGACAACUCCAACUUUUAAUGGCUCUUGCUCUCCACUAUAUACAGAUCUAUACAGAAUCAUUUUGAAAGAAAACAGAAGCCAAAAACGAAUCGUGACGGAUACAUAUGAAUUGAAAUAUUCUUACGUGGGAUUAAAUGAAUUCUCUAAUUAUAGUUUCACUGUUCAACCUUGCGCGGGUAGUUCAAAUAUCAGUUCCAGUAGAAAUAUUACCGCUCAAGCAACUAGCUCUUCUCUCUCAGUGACGGCAAAGGAAUCAGAAAACCUUUCGGUAGUGUGUCCAUUCCAUGGAGCGUACACAUCUGUCGGAGUCACAGAGUGGCAGCACUUAAAGGGUGUUGAUAAUACAACAAUAAGAAUGUUUACUUCAAAGUUCUUGCAGCUUCAUGAUAUAGAGUACAAAGAUUCAGGGCUGUAUCAUUGUACAGUAGAGUAUAUUCCAUGUGGUGACAAUUCUGGAAUAUCAAAACAAGGAAAAGGAUUUAUGAACGUUACCUUUGAAGGACCACCUCUAAUCACUUCCGUCGUAAGAACACACGAUCUGAACAGAGAAGACAGUCUUACCUACGUAGUCUCUGUGAUAAGUUUGUCAGGACCUCCCGAGCGACAAAUAGAGAUAGAAGAUGAAUAUGGAAACAAAACCUAUGUAAACAGUUCAGAACCUGUUCAUAAGUACAUUUCGUAUACAGCGUAUGGAAAAACCUUUACUGCUCAAGGAUACGAAAUGAAAUUCACACUUGGUGUAUCGAAACGGUGGUCAAAGGAUCUUUCAAUUGUUGUCACAAACACAAAUGGUUUUCGAAUAUACAAAUCAAUACCUGUAACCGAUUCGAUAGUAGACAAUAAUAAUUUAGACUUAAAUUUUAUUAUACAUAAUUUCUUUCCUUCAUUGCAUUUAGAGAUAUUUUUUGACAAGAAUAAACAUCUGGUUUAUGGUGUUAGCAGUGGGAGUCUUUUAUUCAUCAUCCUUGUUAUCUUCUUGGCCAUUGUCUGUUGCAUGAAGAGAAAACGCAAAAAAAAGUCAGAGACCAACGGUGUUGAAUUAGUUGAUUCAUUAUAUGCAAGGCCUUUCUCAAAUAAACUAUACGAAGAACAACAAGGUAAUUGUGAUUUUCUACAAGGUGAUAAAAUAUUUGAAGAAAGCUUUAUCAAACUGAAUAUAGAUGUAUAUAAUUUUACAGAUAACACUGUUGAUAGAAUGGAAUUGGAUCUAGAAAUACGAAUAGAAAAAGAAAGAAAGGAAAUUGCAAGUUUAUAUAGUUUUGGUGGGUUUUCAAUAAGCGAAUUUCAAGAAGAGGAGGUUGCAUAUGGAAAUGAUCGUGGAACAAAAUACGGAAAUAUCGUGUAGAUAUAGAACUAUGUAAGCAAGUUUACAGGCUAGGCAAUGAUUCCUUAAGAUAUUUACCCGGAAUAUAACAUGCAUGUUUAAUUGAACAGUUUUAAUUUUAUUUAUAUCUUAUGUAUUUUCUCCGUUUAAAGCAAUAAAUUGUUUUCGA